UGAUAGAGAGAGAGGUAAAAGGAAAAGAAAAAAAGUUGUUCUUUUUUUCUUCUUCUCUCUUUGUUGUGUAUCUGUGGGGUUGAGCAUUUUUUUUGAAGGAUCAAAGAGGCGUAUGAAAAUUGAUGUAGCAAGCUUAUCAUCAACAACAAUUAAGCAAAUAAAUGAUGGCAGCUGGAAACCCUAGCUGGAGGAGCAUGAAUCCACCACCUCAACAACAUUCUUCUAAUUUGUUUACUGCUCCAAUACCCCCAUCUCUCCUCUCUCCUCAGUAUGUCCUUGGAUCUUCUACUACUCUUCUUCCUAAUUCUUUGCCUAUUCAUCAUUUCCAAGAGCUUCCCGUACAGUCAUGGAGCCAACGACUCCUGGGAGGAUUAUCCGGGGAAGAAGAAAGGUUUGGGACAAGUCAUUAUCAGCCUAAAAAGUUGGAAAUUUGGGAAAGCCAAAUCCUAAACCCAUCUCCAAGGGUUCCUUUGGUUGUUGACGUAAAGCAAGAGAUUACUCAAAAUAGCAACCUCUUGGGUCACAGCAAUGAUGAAUUUCAAGCAUCUGCGAUUGCUUGGUCCCAAGUCAUGCCAGUUUCCCCUCCCAGAUCUUGCAUUACUAACUUAAGUAGUAAUAAUAUAUUAGAAUUGACUUACCACAAGGGGGCAAAUCAUGAAACGACGGUUAAUCAACCUGGCUUAAAUCAUUCUUCUGAGUGUAAUAGCACGGCCGCAGGUCGGGUAUGCAAGAAGGCUAGGGUUCAGCCAUCUUCCAGUUCAAGCCAACCACUUCAAAAGGUGAGAAAGGAGAAGCUGGGAGAUAGAAUAACAUCACUUCACCAGUUAGUUUCCCCAUUUGGAAAGACCGACACUGCUUCUGUGUUGUUAGAAGUUAUUGGGUAUAUCAGAUUCCUUCACGAUCAAAUUGAGGCUCUUAGCUCCCCUUACUUGGGGACCGCAUCUCAAAACGUGAGAAACCAACAAUCUGAUAAGGCGAAGGACUUGAGGAGUAGAGGGCUGUGCUUGGUUCCUGUAUCAUGCACUACUCAUCAUACUGAAACCGAUAACGAUGGUGCUCAGUACUGGCCACCGACUUUCGGAGGCGGCGGAUUUUAAAUUAGUAGAUUUUCAGCAUCAAACUUUGGAAGAAUUGAAUUGUAUAACACAAUGAGCAGUCGAUCUGCUGAAAAUUUUAAAAGGCCGAUUGCUCACC